UUGGAGAGUAAAUCUGAUGGUCACUUAACUUAAGGCCUUUGGGUCAGACAGAUUUGGCUUCAAAUCCCACCCCUACUGUGUGCUUGAAACCUUGGGGGAAGUUACCUACACUCACAAGACCUCCCUCUGCUCAUCUGUACAGUGCAGGUAAUAUGCUCCCACAUCUUAGGGGAUGGUUAAGAUGAAAUCAGUUACCAGGUCCGGAGUGCCUACCCUGAUGCCUGGGCCAGAGGAAACGCUGAGUAGUGUUGUUAGCUAUUGCCAUUCACUUCCUGGUGUUCGAGAGCCAGGAGGCAGAUGGUGGGUAAUUCCUCUCUGGUAGCUGGGCUACAUUAGACCCAUUGUUCUAUCCACAGAUACCAAGAUAGAAGAUGUUUCAAACUGGGGGCCUCAUUGUCCUCUGUGGGCUGCUGGCCCAUACCACAGCCCAGCUGGAAGUCCUGCCCUUGCCCCUGGACCAGAACCUGCUUUUGGCUGGGACUCCACCCCAGGCCCCACAUCCCACAGAUCUCGCUGGAAGCUUAACAAGUGGUCUCAGCAGUGGCCUGCUCUCUGGGGGUCUGUUGGGCAUUCUACAAAACCUUCCACUCUUGAACAUCCUGAAGACUGGAGGAGACACUUCUGGGGGCCUGCUUGGGGGCCUGCUUGAGAAAGUGACUUCAUUGGUCCCUGUCCUGAACAACAUCAUUGAUCUGAAGAUCACUAAUCCCCAGCUCCUGGAACUAGGACUUGUGCAGAGCCCUGAUGGCCAUCGUCUCUAUGUCACCAUCCCUUUGGGCAUGAUCCUCAAUGUGAAUACGCCCCUGGUCGGAAGUCUGUUAAAGCUGGCUGUGAAGCUAAACAUCACUGCAGAAAUUUUAGCUGUGAAAAAUGAACAGGGGAAGAUCCACCUGGUUCUUGGUGACUGCACUCACUCCCCUGGGAGACUGCAAAUCUCUCUGCUUGAUGGAUUUGCUCCCCUCCCCGUUCAAAGCCUUGUCGACAGUCUCAGCGGCAUCUUGAAUGAAGUCCUUCCUGAGCUGGUACAGGGCAAGGUAAGUGAAUAAAAGUGGCAGCUCCUGAUUCUUAGGUCAGAGGGCUUCUCAGGAUGAAAGAAGCCCCUGGAGCGAGGUUUUCUGAACUCCUCAGUUUGAUAUGUCUCCCUGUCC